GCUCCAUGUUAGUGGAUGCAACAGAGACAACCAUGGAGAAGGGAGCUCCGGUGUCCACACAGACAGAGGAGUGUCUUGAGUCAGUGGACGCUGAUUCCCAUGAGAAAACAGGGGUAACACCAGCAAAGGAAGACAUGGUAACAGAAAUAUCUGUAGACAACUGUGUUGAUAAUAAAAAAACAGAAACUCCGGAACUGGAGACAGAGGCCAGUGCAAGUCUUCAGCAUGUGGACACACAAUCCCAAACCACAGCAGAACCAAAGAAAAGCUGUAUGAAGACAAAGCCCACAGCUGAUACAAAACACUGGGACAAAAUAGAAGCUUGUCCCGUGGAAAAGCCUGUGAUUCCAGCUGUACAUGAGUCAGAAGUUGAUUCUUCUUCUGUCAUCAGUCUGGCAUCUGAUGAUGUGUCUGCAGAAAAAAUGUUUGUUUAUGCACUUACUCAGUUGGUAGUUUCACGGGCCUUAGAGAAAGUCUCCUCUAAACACAAAGACUCCACAAGGAUUCCCAACUGUUAUCGUCUGAUGGAGAAAAUCUGGCCUGAAAUUGAGGGAAAACAUUUGGAUCUAUGUCCAAAGAGGCUGCCCAGUAUGGCGAAAGCCAUUUUCACCAAUCUUUGUAAAGUGCAUAAGUGCAAGGAAAAACAUUUGAUUUCAAGUCUGAAGGAAGAGCUUGAGGAUGAUAUUACUGUCCCAACAUUCACCAGACAUCUGCUGGCAUUACCCAAAAGAAUACUCACUUUAUCUAAAAACCGAGACGAGUACAGAGAACUUGUGGAACGCUUUGCUAGAGAUCUGGUUAUGCACGCAAUGAGCAACAUAAAGGGGUUGAAGAAAUGGCGUCCAGCUGAAGAAGUUAUACAGAGGCUUACCGAAAAGAUCUGGGCUAAAAUUGUGUCCCAAAAUCUUGAAAUCUCCUUGGAGAACAUGGAAGACCUCGCUGUGACAGUAUACAAUGAACUCCGGGAAAAGUGGAGAGGUGCUGACAAUGUCCUGGGGUUUAUGAAUAAUGGAAAUCCAAGACUUGACAAAAUGAUUGUCAGAAUUUUCAAAAGUAAGGCCCCAUUGAGAAGACCAAAUAUCUUCUCUAGGAUGUUUUCAUGUGUACGCUAAAGUUUACCUGACACAUGGUGGCGUUACAAAGAAGAUUACUCACUUUAUUUAAAAGCCCAGAAGAGGAACAAGAACUUGUGGAACUGUUCACUAAAGACCACAUGAAAUUAUUACCAACAAAUAAU